GCACUUGGGCGUUGGACUCUGCAUCUUAUUAGCAACAAGGGAGAUUUCUCCAUUUUCCAGGCUGUCUACAGCACACUGCUACAAAUCUAGGAUUUUUUUAUUACUCCUCUUAACUUGGCACGCUGUUUUGUGUCGGUUUGCCCCUUUUUUUGCGUUGCUGCGGGACUUCGAUUUAUUUCUCGAGUAAACUUUUUUUCCGAAGUGGGGGAUCUUUCUGUUGCUCACUAGCGUAUAAGAAAGAGGCGAAGGUCUUUGUUCCCUGCCUUGGAUCGGUUUGUUUCUUUGUUGGACAGAAAGCAUGGGAGCGCAAUUCUCCAAGACCAAUGCAAAAGGCGAAACUGCCGCCGAAAAGCCAGGAGAAGCUGUUGCUGCCUCGCCUACCAAAACCAAUGGACAGGAAAAUGGACACGUGAAGGUAAAUGGUGAUGCAUCACCAGCAGCGGCAGAAGCUGGCAAAGAGGAAGUGCAAGCAAAUGGAAGUGCUCCUGCCGAUGAAGGUCCAAAAGAGGAAGGGGAAAAAUCGGAAGUCGCUGCAGCAGACAAGGAGAGUACAGAAGGUGAUAAGGAGAACACUGAAGCCGCAUCCCCAACUGAGGAGAGCUCUCCUAAGACAGAGGAGGGGGCCACACCCUCUACCAGCAACGAAACUCCCAAAAAGAAAAAGAAGCGCUUCUCCUUCAAGAAAUCUUUUAAACUUAGUGGCUUCUCCUUCAAGAAGAAUAAAAAAGAUGCUGGAGAGGGAGCGGAGAAUGAAGGGGCAGCCAGUGCUUCAGCAGAGGAGGUGAAAGAUGAGGCUGCUGCAACAGCAGCGCCUGAAACCACUAGCACAGAAAAUGGGAAGCCGACUCAAGAGGCCACGCCCACUGCUUCCACAGAAGAAGCAAAAGAGGGGAGCUCCUCGCAAGAGGCCAAACCCGAGGAGGCAGCUGCUGAUAAGCCUGCUGUGGAGGAGGCGGCAGCUGCCCCAACAGCUGAGGAAGUUAAACAGGGGGAGGAGAAGCCUGCCACAGAGGAGAAGACAUCAGUAGCUGAAGCAAAGCCUGCUGAGCAGGAGCCAGCAAAGGCAGAGGAACCAGCACCUGCUACACAAGAUGCUCCUUCUGAGUCAAGUCCAGAAGCCCCUGCUACUGCAGCUGCAGAGUCGGCAGAAUAAGGCAUGUAACACCUGGAGCACAUAAAGAUAAUCAAAGAACUUUUUCCCUGUUUGUUUGUUUGGAGUGGUGCCAGGUACUGGUUUUGGAGAACGUGUGUACAACCAGGGACAUCUUAAAGCAGUUUUUUUUUUUUUCUUUCAAUUUUUUUCUUUAUUCCAGUUCCCGCAAAACUCCUCCUUUCAUUCUGUAUCCACCAUUCCAACAAGCGGUGGAAGUGAGGGGCUUGAGGAAUGAGCCCUGUUCUACCCCUUUUUUUCCUUUUUUUUUUUUUUUUUUUUUUUCAUCAGUAUUAAAAGUAUUUUGCAUAUUUUGCAUUUUUUUUUUUUUUUUUUUAUACAGGAUAUAAACUUGUCAAAUGUAUGGACAUGCCCAUGGUAUGAAGGAGGUGGGUGGGUAGCUGUGGGUGGGCUUGGGUGGGGGGGGGUUACUGAGUGUAAAUGAAAUUUGGGGAAGUGGGGUUAAUGAAAGUGGCACAGCUGUGCCACACAAUACAAUGUAAAAGAAAAACAAUAACAUUACAAUGUCUUUGUGUGAGAGGUGUACCAUAAGGUUUACAACACUAAGUCAUUUUUACAAGAAACAAAAAUCCAGUUCCCAGAAAAUCUAGUUUUAGCAAGUCAUUGAUAAAAUAAAUCAUAGGAGCUUUUCACUUAUCUCUUUAGCUGUACCAGUUGGUGAUUUAAGUAGAAAUAAAAGUUGUAUAGGCUUUAUUGUUUAUUGCUGGUUUUAUGACCUUUAAUAAAAAUGUAAUUAUGUAUUACCAGCAGGGUGUUUUUAACUGUGAUUAUUGUAUAAAUGAAAUCUUGAUAUCAAGAAGCACAUGAAGUUUGCAGCUCUUUUUCCACCCUGCUCAUUUUUGUAAAAUAAUAAAUACAAAUUUCAUCCUGGAAGACCUUUUAAAUAAUUUUAAAUUCAACCAAGCUGUGAUAAGUGGAAUGGUUACUGUUUAUACUGUGGUAUGUUUGAUUACAGCAGACAGUUUUUUUUUUUUUUCUUUUUCCAGUGAUACCUUGACAAAUAAGGAAAAUCUCAGAUGCAAUGGUUUUUGUGUAGCAUCUCGUCUUUUUUUUUUUUUAUUUUUAUUAUUUUUUUGUAAAUACUGGAGAAGCUUUGACCAAUUUGACUUAGAGAUGGAAUGUAACUUUGCUUACAAAAAUUGCUAUUAAAACUCCUCCUGCUUAAGGUGUUCUAAUUUUCUGUAAGAGCACACUAAAAGCGACAAUAAAUGUGAAUAAAAUUUGA